GUAGUCAAAUACGAUAUGCUGAAAACAAGCGCAGCUAAGUUGUGGUGUUUGAUUACUUUCAUAGAAUGUAAUUAGUCGAGACAUUAAUGAGUUAAUCUGAUUACCCUGAUAUGUGAUUUAAAUUAAAGCUUUGCUGGGGGUGAUGAAGUUUAGUUGGUAAGACGUACGCUGAGUAUGCCGCCAGCCUGGGUUCGAUUCGCCUUCGUCCAUAAUGUUAGAUUGAAUUAAUAUAACUUAAAAGAAUCCAAACAACAACACGCAUAAGUCGUAUUUGAUCCCGGCAGCCUCUCGAGAGCAGAAUAGUAAAACGAAAACUUGCGAGAAGGUCAGUGAUGCACUCAUAACUCAACGCUAUCAGCUAAACCUUAUCACUGUCGAUCCCAUUCGUGCAGCUGCAAGUUCAACGCCAAAUUGAGAUGAGGAUUGUCGGCUUCUGGAUUCUGCUUCUACAAUGCUAUUCAGCAUUAUCGAGCGAAAAUGUACACUACAGCUGUAAGGACGAUCGACGGUAUCUGGCCCUGAACAUCUGUGUUGUUGAAAAUGUCGAUUCGGAUGAGUGGCUGGAUCUGGCUGAAAUUGAAUUUCCGAACGAAUCUUAUCUGGAGUUCUGGAACGGGAUAUUUCACUAUUUCGGCUCGGAGAUGUUUCAGCUGUUGGGAGAUGCAAAACAAGUGACCUUUCGAAAUGGUUUCCUGAGGGAGCUUUUGUUCUGGUCCCACACACUAGAGGAACUGCGCAUCAUCAACACUGAUCUUGUUUUGUUCGAUGUGCUAAGUGAACCAAACUUCAAUUUGAAGCAGCUCGCAAUUCGCUCGCCACUGUUUUCAUCUUGGUCCCCAGGCAUGGGAUCACUAAAGGCAUUGGAAGUGAUCGAUAUUGCUUAUUGCAAUUUUUCCUUUCUUAAUCUGGAUUGGUUUGGGGGGUACCAACAGCUUCGGGUGCUGGAUGUUUCCAACAACGGAUUGUAUUCGCUUCAUAGCGGUCCGUUUUUGCAACUGGAAGCAUUGGAGGAGUUGUACAUCUGGGGGAAUCGGUUGGAGUAUCUGUGGCGUUUUCCGGAUGCAUUUCCACAGCUCAAAUACAUCAGUCUGUCCGCCAACUGGUGGCUUUGUGAUUGGGUAACGAUGGCCCGUGACACGAUUUUUGUUAAGAAAAUCAUCUCGAUGGAUUCGGACUUCAAUUGUGAGGACGGAUGGAUUCGCAAUGGCGGACUGUGUUGCCGUCGUAGUGGACAAGGAAGAUUUAAAGCGAGGGCGAAAACAAGGAAUAUUCCGACAUUUCCACGGAGGCAGAUCAAUGUUUUGAUGACCAAUAAUGUCAACGAAUCUUCGGAAACAGCGAUUGGAGUAGAGAUGGAUGGUUCUAUAAUAUACGUCGAUAGACCAUUGCAAAUUUGAGUGUAUUUUGAUUUUAAAUUUCAGGGGUUGAAGGUUCAAAAGUUUAAUAAUUUGAAUUUCUAUAAUGAUUUAAUGAAUAAAGGAGUUUACUAACAUUAUUUUUACAUCAUUGGUAGGAAUACACCGGGUAUCAUAUAAACGGUACCGUCAAUAUUCAACAUGUACAAACGCCUUUUCCUUUUCACCGGAGAAGGUGAUAAAAUUUUUAUUUCGUGGAAAUCAAUAAAAACUUCAAAAAAUACACUUA